CAACAUUGUGAUCUGACACCAAGGAAAAGUGUGUUCGUUAAAGUAGCCUUAAAACUCCCAGGCCCCAGCCCACUGUUUGUAUUAUCAUAAGAAAAACUUACUGAUAAUGCCUUAUCACCAGCUAACAAAAAUUUAAAAAGAAUAGGUACAUUGAAUAAUAUUAGUUAUAUUUAUUAUAUAAUUUUUAAUGCUUAUUUUGUGAUUUUUUAAUUUAAAUCAUUUUUUUUUCUUCAAAAUUUUCAUUAUGUAAGUUUUUCUAAAAGUUUGAAAUAGAUAUCUUCAACUUAUUUAAGGGACCUAUACUAGUAUGGGUAUUUACGGGGUGUAUAUUGUUUCGAAGUCCGGAGGUCUGAUAUUCAAUUAUGAUUACAAUGUGCCAAAAAUCGAAACGGAACAAACUUUCAGUUAUCCGUUAGACCUAAAGCUAAUGCUCGAGAACAAUCGUUUGUUGGUUUCAUUUGGCCAGCGUGAUAAUAUUAAAGUCGGUCAUGUUCUAUUGGCUAUCAAUGGUAUACCUGUGGCAGGUAGAAAACUGGAAGAUGGCAAAGACGCAUUAGAUAUGCUCGACGACGCCACCAAUUACCCUCUUAAUUUAAAAUUUGGCAGACCAAAAAUGACAGUUAAUGAAAAAAUAUUUUUAGCAAGUAUGUUCUACCCGUUGUUUGCCAUUGCAUCUCAACUAAGUCCUGAACUAAGAAGUUCAGGAAUUGAAACCUUAGAAGCUGAUACAUUUAAGUUACAAUGUUAUCAAACAUUAACAGGUAUUAAAUUUAUGGUAAUAGCAGAUCCAUCACAUGCUGGGCUUGAACAGCUACUGAAGAAAAUUUAUGAGCUUUAUACAGAUUAUGCAUUAAAAAACCCAUUUUAUUCGUUAGAAAUGCCUAUUAGAUGUGAACUAUUCGAUACAAAUUUGCAAGUUCUUUUAGAACAAGCUGAUAAAAAUGGUAUUGGUGCUAAUUAACCAAUUUUUAUAAAAUACAUUUUGUUAUUUUACUGUAAAUUAUUAAAGUUGUUUAGUUUAAGCUAUAAUUUACAUAACUUUCUUUAUAAUAUA